UGCAUUUUCCAUGUGUCAAAUUAUCUGUCCCAAAGAAUGCGCCACCAAUCUGUCUGGAUUUCCAGAUUGAAAAUGGCGGUCUCAGUGUUUCCCGGUGUACGGCUCCUGUCCAUCGGAGACGCAAAUGGAGAUAUACAACGACACUCAGAACAGCAACCUCUGCGAUUGGAAGUCAAAACUACGCAGGACGCCGCAUUACUCAACCUUUCUAAUGGAGAGGAUGCAAGUGUCUUCAAAUGCUCGGUUUCUCGGGAGACUGAAUGCAGCAGAGUGGGGAAGCAGUCAUUCAUUAUCACAUUGGGCUGCAACAGCGUCCUAAUUCAAUUCUCCUCACCUGCAGACUUUCAAUCCUUUUAUAACGUCUUGAAGAACUGUCGGGGACAUCUUUGUGAGCAGUCAGUUUUCAGCGACAGAACAGAGGAAUCCUCUGCUGUGCAGUACUUUCAGUUUUAUGGCUACCUCUCACAACAACAAAAUAUGAUGCAGGACUAUGUGCGUACAGGGACAUACCAACGGGCUAUUUUGCAGAACCACGUCGACUUCAAAGACAAGAUUGUGCUAGAUGUAGGCUGUGGUUCUGGGAUCCUGUCUUUCUUUGCGGCCCAGGCCGGAGCAAAGAAGGUCUAUGCUGUGGAAGCAAGCACAAUGGCUCAGCAUGCUGAGGUACUGGUCAACAGUAACCAUCUUGGAGAGCAUGUGAUCGUUGUCCCAGGAAAGGUGGAGGAGGUGACCCUUCCUGAACAAGUGGACAUUAUCAUAUCAGAGCCUAUGGGCUACAUGCUUUUCAAUGAGCGGAUGCUGGAGAGCUACUUGCAUGCCAAGAAGUUCCUUAAACCCAAUGGUAAAAUGUUCCCUACCAUUGGGGAUGUUCACCUUGCUCCUUUCACAGAUGAGCAGCUUUACAUGGAACAGUUCACAAAAGCCAAUUUUUGGUACCAGCCCUCCUUCCAUGGGGUAGACCUCUCUGCGUUGCGGGGUGCAGCGGUGGAUGAGUAUUUCCGCCAGCCAAUUGUGGACACAUUUGAUAUCCGUAUCCUGAUGGCAAAGUCCGUCAAAUACACAGUCAACUUUCUGGAGGCCAAAGAAGAGGAUCUUUACAGGAUAGAGAUCCCCUUUAAGUUCCACAUGAUGCACUCAGGCCUUGUCCAUGGUCUGGCUUUCUGGUUCGACGUGGCAUUCAUGGGAUCAGUUAUGACAGUUUGGUUGUCCACUGCACCAACAGAACCUCUUACUCACUGGUAUCAAGUACGCUGCUUGCUGCAGUCUCCUCUCUUCACAAAGGCUGGUGAUACGCUCUCUGGGACUGCAGUACUUGUGGCUAACAAGAGACAAAGUUACGACAUCAGCAUUGCUGCCCAGGUGGACCAGACUGGAUCAAAGUCCAGCAACCUCUUGGAUUUAAAGAACCCAUUUUUCAGGUACACCGGUACCACCCCAAAUCCGCCUCCUGGGUCACAUUACACCUCCCCCUCGGAGAAUAUUUGGAACACAGGCGUAGCCUACAGCAUGGGUCAAGGGAUGCCCGUAUCAGGAAUGCCUGCAGCUUAUGACCUUAGUACAGUCAUUGGCAGUGGCCCAUCAGUCUCUCACAACAACCUUAUCCCUCUAGUGAACACAGGUAUUGUGAACCACACCCACUCCAGGAUGGGCUCCAUCAUGAGCACAGGAAUUGUCCAGGGCGCCACAACAGGCCAGUCAGGUCCCAGUAGCAGUGGUGCUUACUAUCCGGUCACCAACCAAUUUACCAUGGGGGGUGCUGCAAUCUCUAUGGCUUCUCCAAUGGUCAUCCCCAGUAACACCAUGCAUUAUGGCAGUUAAGAUGAGGACUUUUCAAAGACCCCUUUAACCUGCCCAUCUCUGCGUGACAAAGACUUCCUUGUAAAAAUACCUUGGCCUCCACCUCUUCUGAAUCCAGUUGACCCAUGGACCACAGCCAAUACCAAAACCAGUGCUUUCCUGGCACAUAACCCCUUGUACAACAUCGGCAUUCUGUUAUAUUGUAUCCAUUAUGUUACAUCACCUUUCAAGCACCCUCAUAUCCGUCCGACUCUUUAACAUGGCUGAAAUGUCCCCUUCUUGGUUUAGAUUCCUAAGGCCGUUGGAUACCAAUGAACAUUUGAACUACGGCAGAUUUCUCACCUUCCUCAUAUUCAGCUCUUUAUUUCUUAGUGUUAUGAAAUGACUGUUGUGGUUCUGAUAUUAUUCAUAGAGAGCUCUACACCAGCUAUGAGAGGGUUGUUGUCCUCCCAGUUCUUCAUUACAUCAUGAUCAACACUCAUUUCAUGCCUGGUCAGACAUAAAGUUAAUGAGAGAAAAAAAACAUGAAAACCAUGUCUUCAACCUUGGAGUUCUGUGUAUACAGGCAAAUUUAUAUCCUGAAGUGUAAUGGAAUUUUUCUUUGGUAAUCUAUAUGAAUGUGUUUUGCUCAUCACCCAAUUUUAGGUUAUUGUUUCCGUUUGCAGUCUUUCAUAAAAGUACUCUUGAUUCAUCUCACUAUGGAUCAUGUUGGUGAACGUGUAUGCUGAGACAUGACAUAAAUAUGCAUCUCUUUUUUUUUU